AUGGCUAAUCGUUGUGACUUAGGUAAAUUAAUCUGGUCUGGAGGUCUCCGCCCCUCAGGAUUGAGAGGAGAGCUAAGCCUUGAGGAGAGGACCCGGCACCGAAGCAAGACCACAGGAGAAUUUGGAGACUUGGAGCAACACGGCCCUACACAUCCGAAACAUUUGGCGCCCACCGUGGGGCCGUGUGAUUUCAACAACCCAAUGGUGACCACGAGAAACAUGAGUGUGGACGACCCCGUUGAGAUGAUCCGAGCCCUGCAGCAAAAAAUGGACGAAAUGCAACAACGUCACGAGGACGAACUGACGGCCGUAAAGGCCGAUUGUGAAGCCCGGAUAGCCCGGGAGGUUGGAAGGGCGGAUGGAGGAGAGGAGCGAGCGAAGGAUAAAGGAAAGGCGGCGGCGGAAGAACGCACGCCUCAAGACACCGAGCGUGAUAGCACCUGGAGGCCUACCGGGUCUGAGGCGGAGGGAAGUAAAGUUAAAUCGGUGCACGCUGAGAGCGCCGCCGAGGACGGACGAAUGAUAGUAAAGUCGGAACCCCCGUCCACUUUAUUACUCCCAUUCACCCAAAACAUAAUGAACGUCCAAAUUUCGGAACAAUUUGUGGCUCCACAAUUCAAGAUGUAUAAUGGGACGACGGACCCCGAGUCCCAUAUAAAGACGUUCUCAAAUGCAAUGGCAUUCAGAACGGGCAAUGACGCCAUUUGGUGCCGAGCGUUCUCGCUCUCGUUGGAGGACGAAGUAGUGGAAUGGUUCAACGCCCUCCCUCCCAAUUCCAUAGAGAACUUUGUUGGGUUGAAACAACUAUUUGUCAAACAAUUCGCGGCAAGUAGUGCCCAAGACUUGACUGUCUUCGAAUUAAUGACCCUCAAGCAAGGGAAGGAUGAAACACUACGGACGUUUAUGGAUAGGUACCAAAAAACCGUCCGGCGCGUGAAAAGUUUGACGCCAGAACUCGCUCUCCACUAUAUCUUACCGGCUCUCAAACCAGGGCCGUUUAAGGAUAGUGUCUGCAGGAGGCCAGGGGAGAAAGAGCGGACGGUGGUAAGCCCGCUACCUCGGCNUGGAAAUCCAUUUAAAAGUCUUGGAUCACUCUCUAAAUUGUCAUACCUUCACAUUGAUGACAAUCAUUUUCAAGGAGUUGUCACUGAAAGUGAUCUUGAAAAUCUUACAAGCUUGAAAGAGUUUUAUGCAUCAGGAAACAAUUUGACUUUAAAAGUGGGUCGCAAUUGGCAUCCUACUUUCAAACUUACCAUUUUGGAUAUGAGCUCUUGGCAAUUAGGUCCCAACUUUCCAUUUUGGAUGUAUUCACAAAAUGAACUUCAAUAUUUAGUGAUGUCUAAUACAGGGAUUCUUGAUUAUAUUCCCCCUUACUUCUGGGAGGCUUGUUAUUCUCUUGAAUAUUUAAACCUCUCCAAUAACUAUAUUCACGGUAAGAUUGAAAAUUCAUUGUCAAAUCCAAUAUUAUUUGAGAUUGUUGAUCUAAGCUCAAAUCACUUGCAUGGAAAAUUACCUUUCUUUUCUAGUAACGUUGAAUGGUUAGAUCUCUCGAGUAAUUCAUUCUCUUCCAUGAAUGAUUUCUUAUGUUGCAAGCAGAUUAAGAUAUUUAAUUUGCAAAAUCUCAAUCUUGCUUCGAAUAACUUAUCAGGAAAAAUACCUGAUUGUUGGAUAAAGUGGCCAAAUUUGAAAAAUGUAAAUUUACAAAGCAACCAUUUUGUUGGGAACAUGCCCUUGACCAUGGGCUCUUUAGCUCGGUUAGAGUCUUUGAACAUCCGUAACAAUUCAUUAUCAGGAAUAUUUCCUAUUGCUUUGAAGAAGAACAACAAUUUGAUAUCUUUGGACAUUGGAGAAAAUAAUCUUUCUGGAACUAUUCCAACAUGGAUUGGACAAAAGUUGCCAAGAAUUAAAAUUCUUCGCCUUCGAUCAAACAAUUUUUCCGGUCAUAUUCCAAAUGGCAUAUGUGAUAUGAUAUUUCUUCAGGAUUUUGACCUUGCACAAAAUAGUUUGUCUGGAAAUAUUCCAAAUUGUUUAAACAACUUUAGUGCCAUGUUGCUAAACAACAAAAGUACAGAUUUAAUUAUCCAUACUAAUGACAUGAGAUCGGAUACAAUCAGUAUUAUCCUAUGGACAAAAGGAAGGGCUUUAUUGUACAAUAGUAUUCUUGGCUUGGUGACAAAUGUUGAUCUUUCUAAUAAUAACUUAUCAGGAGAAAUACCUAGAGAAAUUACAUAUCUAGAUGGUUUGAUAUAUUUGAAUUUAUCUGGGAAUCAAUUGUCUGGACAAAUUCCACCAAGUAUUGGCAAUAUGAGAUUAUUAGAAUCCAUUGAUCUAUCAAGGAAUCAAUUAUCAGGAAAAAUCCCUCCAACCAUAUCAAACCUGAGCUUUCUGAACAACCUAGAUUUGUCUCAUAACCAUUUAGAGGGAGAAAUUCCAACAGGCACUCAAAUUCAAAGCUUUGAAGCAUCAGACUUUGUUGGAAAUAAUUUGUGUGGUCCACCCCUACCCAUCAAUUGCAGUUCGAACCAGCAAAUUCCAUAUAUUGACAACUCGGAAACAGAAAAUGGUGGGCAUGGAGUGAAUUGGUUCUUCUUGAGCUUCACACUUGGAUUUAUUGUGGGAUUUUGGAUAGUUAUUGCUCCUUUGUUAAUUUAUAGAUCAUGGAGGUAUGCAUAUUUUUCCUUCCUUGAUAACAUGUGGUAUAAAGUACAAUCAUAUUGGUGAUUGUUGAUUUGUAAUGUAGCACUGUUGUUUUACUUGACCUUCAUCUAUCUCUAUAUAAAUGUGUGUUUUACAUUUAUGUCUGUGUUAACACACAUGUUUUUGUAUUUUCUUCAUCUUAAAAU